AUGAAUUCUACAGAUCUGAAAUAUUUAUCCAAGAUAGCUGGAUCAAUAGAAGAAAAAAUUAACCAAAAAGGUCGACCACCUAAUGAACGAUUUCUUUUUCAAAAACAGCAUCCUCAGGCUACAACAUAUUUAAUGAUGAAGUACAGUGAAUCUCAUGUGCCUGUUCUCUAUGGGCCUCAGAUACCUCGACAAGAUCGUGAUGAUACUCGAGAACGAUAUUGUCGGGCUAUUCUCACACUUUUCGUGUCCUGGCGUACUGUGACUGAUAUUUGUGACAUCAGUCAGACAUGGGAAGAUGCAUUUAAAUCUCGACAACAUCUUAUUUUGAGUAAUUCGUGGACAAUAAUAGAAAACAUUCAACUUUUGCAUGAAUGUAAAAAGGACCGCGAUGAUCAUUUACUUCAAGUUAUCGCCGAAGCACAAACCGACAAUGGCUUAGUCGAUCCUGUACUGAUACCGACUAAUCAAGUCGAUGGUGAAUAUGGCAUUGAUGAUAGUGACGAUUUACUUGAAUUAUUAGGUAAUUUGGAUGAAAACACAGUUGCUAUGUCAAAUGCUACAAAAAACUCAACAGAAAACAGAUAUAUUGAAGAAACAAUUGAAGCAGUCAAGAACGUCGGACGAUUUAACAGUGUAAACAGUAAGUAUUAUUUGAAUGUGAUCUGUAGGAUCGACAGUAAUCGUAAAAAAUUUGUUGCAGCGUAUGACCAAUAUUCUUUAAAUGCAUCCAACGAUCGUAUCGAUCAAUCAUUGAUACCAUUCAUUUCUGCAACACCUAAUCUUGUUCGACUAAAUACAAAGUGGCAAGAACAGCUGAAAACUGAGAAAGAACAGAUUAGAAGAGGUUUGAUUACGGGCAACUUUGACAAAGACAAUGAUGUUAUGUUGAAUUUGGAUACUGCAAGAAGUGCUGUUGCCAGUGUAGUGACUCUAAACAAUAUUAAUACGAAGACAUACGAAAACUAUGGCUCGAUUCCUCCAGUAAUAUCAGUGAAAACGAACUCUUGUAUUCAGAAGAGUGUUGCCGAUGAAUUUACACUGAACAGAGAACAACGGGCUGUAUUUAUGAUCAUAACAGGUCAUCUUGAUGGUGAUAGCCUUUGUCGUACAGGUAAUCUUUAUAAAAGUAGUCGUCACAUAUUGAAGUACAUUAUAUUUUCAGGUGACAAUAAUGGUCAGCUUAUAAUGUGCAUACCUGGAUGUGGUGGUACAGGCAAAUCACAAUUGAUUCCACCUACUGGUAUUGCCGCUGCUGAAAUCGAUGAUAUAACCAUCCAUUCAUUUUUGGGUGAACAGCGUAACCCAGGAAAGGCACGUACAAUUAAACCAGGAGAUUUAAAACUCGAGAAGGAAUGGGCCCUCGUUGAAUACCUCUUAAUUGACGAAAUAAGUAUGGUUGGUUUAACUCUACUUGCGAAACUGAACCGAAUUAUAUGUGCUGCAAAACAUACUGAUCCUCAAGUUCCAUUUGGUGGUGUAAAUGUCAUCUUCUUCGGUGAUUAUUUACAAUAUCGACCUGUAUAUGAUGUACCCCUACAUACAGACUUCACUUUACCGGUUAAAAGUAAAUCAAACAAGACACCAACUGAAAAACAAAUCCAACAACGUGUUGCACGUUCUUUAAUUCUUCAAAUCAACUGUGUGGUCAAACUUACUCAACAGAUGAGAACAGAAGAUCUACGCUAUCUUCAGCUCCUCGAACGACUUCGUCAUGGAGAACGUAACUACGAUGACUACGAAUUAUUGUUAACACGAGUAGUGGGGCAAUCUUCCGUACCCUUGUUAAGUGAUUCACCAUGGAAUAAAGCUCCGAUUCUCGUAUUUCGUAAUGAAGUACGAACACAAUUAAACCACAAGGCAGUUAGUCACAAAGCAGAACAAAUGGGACAAGCACCUAUAGUAUGCGUUGCCCAAGACACCUGCAAAGGCAAACCAAUUGAAGAUCGAGCACUUAUUAAAAAAUUUUUAGAAUUAUCUGAUAGCAAAACGGAGCAUCUACCAGGUCUGUUGCCUCUUGUUCCUGGAACGCCUGUAAUUUUAACGCAAAAUAUUGCAAUUGAAUUGGGUCUUAUCAAUGAGUGCACGAUAUGUCCAUCGACCUUUGUACGCCUUGGUGGAAAUUACCAAAUCAAAGAUCGAAUGCAGUUUAGAACAACUUCAGCCAAAGCUGAUUCCAAUACCGGUAAUGGAACAAACAUUUCGAGUCGANAUAACGAAAGUGCAAUCGAGAAGUCUCGUAAACUCGUUCUGCGCUGUUAUAAUAUGCUUGCUUCUCAACAAGAAUUAUCUGGCGUUCAAGUAGCUUCUUAUCUUAUGAAUUGGGAUGAUCAUUAUACAACGCAUAGAUUUCAAGGACUCUUUUUAAUUCAAACUGAACGAUUUUUACAAACACAACUAAAUGAAACGCGUGUUCAACAAAAAUCAGAAAUUGCAGCACAGGGCGAGUAUAUUAAUCUCUAA